UUUAUGGCGUGAGUCUAGCGCAAAGCUUCCAACUUUAUUCUGAAAGUGCGAAAUAUUUACAUUUUAACCGAGUUUUUAUGCAAAUCUGAGUUUUCGUGAAAAUCGUUUUGAGAAUGUCAACAAUUUUGAAUGUUCGUUGUGCCGGCACAACUAUUACGCGAUUAUUUAUACACAAUGAAAAGCAACAACAGUUACAAAAAUGCCAAGUCGCAUUUCAAUCCACUGUCAGCAAUGUCAAGGUUGAAAAUCUUGACAACAAAUCAGCGGACGUGGAAUGGCAUCAGGCCUUACCUUAUAAAUCUAUGCCGAGACUGACUAGAUAUCAAAUGCUACGUGGCUUCUUGAAAGGAGGUGAAUUUGCCAAUCUUUCGUUAAAUGAUUUUGUUUUUAAAUGUCGUGAACGACUUGGCGACAUUUAUCGUUUGCCUGGUGUGAUUGGACAGCCUGACUCUGUUGUACUCUUCAAUGUGGACGAUUUUGAAAAGGUAUAUCGUACAGAAGGUAUUUGGCCAAGCCGUCCUGGUACUGACGCAUUGAGAUACUAUCGGGAGAACCGAAAGGACGGUUUCUUCAAAGAAACUAUGGGGCUGAAUGAUAACGGUGAAAAAUGGGCAAAGUUCCGACAUGACGUAAAUCCUGUUUUAAUGCAGCCCAAAAAUGCUAAACUCUAUUUGGAGCCUCUACAAAAAGUAAGCUUAGAGUUUGUAGAAAGAAUACGUGAAAUACGCGAUCCACACACACUGGAAGUACCCAACAAUUUCUUUGAUGACAUUAAUCAUCUCGCUUUUGAUUCUGUUGGAGUAGUUGCUUUAGACCAUGACUUCGGUUUGAUACGUAGGAAUCCUGACUUGGAAGAAGUCAAAGUACUUUGUGAGCAUAUGAGCGCAUUUCUAAAGUCCAUUUAUGACUUGGGCAUUAAGCCAUCAUUUUAUAAAUACAUUACCACACCGUCGUACCGGCGUUUCGCUAAAUCAAUGGAUCUAAUGUUCGAUAUAACCAGUCACUAUGUAAAUGAAGCCUUGGCGCGUCUGGAAGAAAACCCCUCAAGGGAUGGUGAAGAACGCAGUGUUUUGGAAAAACUUUUGAAAAUCAAUCGAAAGACAGCCAUAGUAAUGGCAAUGGAUAUGCUGAUGGCUGGUGUAGAUGGGACAUCCAGUGCGAUCACUGCCAUACUGCUAUGCAUCGCCAAGAACCCCGCAAAGCAACAGAAGUUACGUGAAGAGCUACUUGCCGUGCUGCCACACCGCAGUGACCAUUUCACCAUUGAAAAUAUGAAGCAAUUGCCGUACUUACGUGCCUGCAUCAAGGAAGCGCUGCGUUUCUACCCCCUCUCCUUCGGUAAUGUGCGCGAAAUCGGUGCCGAUCUUGUGCUAAGUGGUUAUCAGGUGCCUAAGGGCACCGGUGCUUUGCUUAGCACAAAUAUGCUAGCCAAUGAAGAGCUAUUCUAUCCACGGCCCCGUGAGUUCAUACCGGAACGUUGGCUGCGAAAGUCGGAUACCACGCUAACCGAUGGACAGCGUCUAGUUGCUGAAAAUGUGAAUAAAUUUAUCAAUUUGCCUUUCGGUUUUGGACCGCGCAGUUGCGUCGGCAGGCGUAUUGUUGAAAUAGAAAUGGAAUUAACGCUGGCAAACUUAGUGCGCAAUUUCAAUAUCGAGUACAAACACUCGGUAGAAAAACCGUUCAGUUAUCACUUAAUUAGUACUCCCGCCAUCCCGCUGACGUUUAAAUUUUCCGAUUUGAAAUGA